GGGAGCCUCCACCUAGGGCGGGGAAGGAGCGGUUGCUGGACCCCGCCCCGCCGAGGCGCGCGGGCCGUAGGGGGUGCGGAGUGGCCCGCGUCGCCGCGGAGAUGGCGCGCCACGUGCGGUGACGGUGCCCGCGCCCCGAGGGUCCCAGCUCUGCGCCCUGCGUUCCCGGGCGAGCAUGGAGCGCCCCGAGCCCGAGCUGAUCCGGGAGAGCUGGCGGGCGGUAAGCCGCAGCCCGCUGGAGCAUGGCACCGUCCUGUUCGCCAGGCUGUUUGACCUGGAGCCCAACCUGCUGCCCCUCUUCCAGUACAACUGCCGCCAGUUCUCCAGCCCAGAGGACUGCCUCUCUUCUCCCGAGUUCCUGGACCACAUCAGGAAGGUGAUGCUGGUGAUUGAUGCUGCGGUGACCAAUGUGGAGGACCUGUCCUCGCUGGAGGAGUACCUUGCUGGCCUGGGCAGGAAGCACCGUGCGGUGGGCGUGAAGCUCAGCUCCUUCUCGACGGUGGGUGAGUCCCUGCUCUACAUGCUGGAGAAGUGCCUGGGCCCCGCCUUCACACCAGCCAUGCGGGCCGCCUGGAGCCAGCUCUAUGGGGCCGUGGUACAGGCCAUGAGUCAAGGCUGGGAUGGCGAGUAAGAGGCGGCCUCUGCCCAGCAGUUUCCGCCUCACAGCCCCCGUCUCUCUGUGUCUGUUUAUCUGUGUCUGUAGUAGCCCAGGCUCCCCUAGGCCUGCCUGCAUCUUGGUCCUUGUCCCCUUGGCUGUACUGGAGAGAUGAAGGAGCAGGGCUGGGUCUCAAUCCCCUCCACCCCCAGCUGCAGACAGGAGUGGGUUUUCCUUCAGGAAGGGGCUUCCAGAUUUCCUCACACCCCCAAAACGCUUCUUGCUCUCUAACAUCCCCUUCUCCACCAUGAGGAGGAGCAGCGUUUGGUGCAGCAGUGGCACAGGGCCGGGAAGGGAUAGGGCUUUGAGAGAAGGGGCUCUGCUGUCAGCCACCCUUCUCAGGUGAGCCUGGGCCAAGGUGGGCAGUUGAUGGCUGAGCAUCAGGCACCUCCCAUCUUGCCUGCCUUCAAUGCCUUUCCCUCCCAGGGGCCUUUGCUUCUCACAAGGAAAGAGGAGGGACAGCUUGAGCCUUCCUGGUGGAAUCAGAGGCUCAGGGAACGGCUGAGGAAGGAGAGGGACCUGGAUUUGUGAUGGGGGUCAUCUGAGUCUCAGGGGCCUUACUUAGAGGCCCCCUGACAGAGUAGUUUUUCUUUUGUGGUGUCUCCCUUCCCUCAUUCAGCACUUCUGGUGGGAGCUCCCUUAUUAUCGCUCUGUAGGAGCCAGGGUGGGGUGGCGCUGGGGAAGGGCAAGGAGGGAGGGGUGGCUUCAUUCCAACGAGACCUGAGUUCGGUGGCUCUUCCUCACCACCCCACUCCAGCAGGGCCUGGAUCUUAUCUCCCUGACCCUCCUUUCUGCCUCUGCCCACACCAACUGCGGGUCCACAGCUCCCUGUA